AUGGAGACAAUACCGAGCUCAACCCCUCAGUCCCAGGGAAAACAGGCUGCUUGCUUAAGCUGCCGUCGGAGUAAGAUCCGAUGCAACCGUUCAGCCGGUGAAGCUCGUUGUGAGAAAUGCCAGCAGACCCAGUCAGAAUGCAUCGUUCCUAGUCACCACCUAGGCCGACAAAAGGGGGUCAAGAAUAAACGAAAAGGCCUGGAGAAGGCAAUCCACCAGAUCGAGGAGGCCAUCAAGCGCCCCAAGCUCGAUUCAACAGGUCCAGAUGAUGCCCACAAAGCUAUCACUGACCUCCAAGACCUCCUGAGUAAAGUUCAGGGCCAGCUCCUGCACGAGCCCGACAGCCUCCCCGACAGGGCCGACCACCCGCGUAGUUUGCUAUCCCCCCGCGAUGCCAAUACAGCGGAGUCUCUGGCUUUGGACGAUGCAGAGAACCCUUUGCAGCUGCUUGCACGCGCCUCUGACCUUCAGCUGUCACCCACGGGAGUGUUCCACGCACCCAAAUCGCCACCGCCACCACCACUUGCACCACCAACGCUACCUCAAGAAAGUAGCCUGCUCGGGGCACCGAGUGCGAAGUCGUUCUUCGUUCCAGCAAGGGCAAACUUGGAUGUUGGGCCCGACGUGGACCCGGUUGAUCUGGGUCUCGUCACUUUUGACGAGUCAGAAUCUUUGUUCUCAUUCUUCUAUCAGAGCCUUGCACAUACUCGAUGGGGUCUCGACCCUUUAAUACACAGUCCAGCAUUUGUACGCACCCAGUCGGCUUUUUUAUUUACUUCAAUCAUGGCUGGUGCUGCUCUCUUCCUGCCGUCUGCUGCCGCUUUGUCCAAACGACUGUCUAGACACUGCAAGUGGCUUGCUGAGAGGGUCAUCAUGCAUCGCUAUAGAUCUGUUGAGAUUGUAUUGGCGUUUAUGGUGAAUGUUCCAUGGAUGCCUCCAGGGGAUAGCUUGGGAGAUGAUGACACGUGCUCCUACAUCGCCAUGGCACUCACGGUUGCUUUGGACCUGUCACUCAACAAGAUUGUCUCGCCAUCUGCGAGCUUUAAUCAGGACCUCUUAAACAGAAUGGCGAGAGCAGACUGUAUCGAUGCCAAAAGAGCGUUGCACAUGGACGGGUUUGAUGAUGUUGAUCCCAGUUCAGAGUGGGGUCGUCGACUGUUGCGAAGACGCGAAAGAGCAUGGAUCGCCUUAUUUGUCGUGGAAAGAGGUGUGUGUCUUGCUCGUGGGCGAAGCUAUACGGUUCCCGCAACCGCACUCAUCGAAAACUGUGAUCAUUGGCAUCAAUCGGAUAUUGCAGAUUUGCGCGAUGGGCCUGUGAACUCAAUGGCGAUUCUUCGAAGAGAUCUCGACGAACUUUUUCGCAAGGUCAAAUCAAGUUGUGAUAGUUAUCGGAUCAUUGAUACUGGAUCUGAAGCUGCCCAGUCGAUCAAAAAGGCCAUUGAAACCUUCUAUCAUCGAUGUGCGCUGCCUUCCUCCUUAUGUGGAAAUCCUCGUUACCCAUACUCAACUGUCCACCUAUGGUGGUGUUAUCAACCACCCUACCGCCCCCUCGAAGUCAAACGCUUCUUUCGGGCCGCCAGCCUGUCAUCCGCGCUGAACGUACUGCGGGCUGCCAUCCAAGGCGAAGCACGACUCAAGUCCAUGCCUAACAACACUGUUAUCAUGAUUUCCUUUGCCGCAUGUUCCGCACUGGGCCUCAGCGUUACGCCUGGCGAUAGUAGGUCCAGCUUGGCCCCAAGCGUGCGGACUUUGAUCGAAGAAACUGCUGGUGUCUUGGAACGCAUCGGAGCCACACCGAGUCACCGCAAUGGCGCCUCGGUGCUUUACGGAAGGUUUCUGCGUGAGUUGAUUCGACGUGCGCCUGCUAUUCCCAACUCCCAACCUCUACCCAACCUACAUCGAAUGGACCCGUCCGAACAUAUCCUUCCAUCAACAACGCUAGGAGACCAUGACCCUUCGUUGGCGGUGAAACAGACACCACUACCACCGGGAGAUUUGUGGUCGGAGCCGUUGCAGUUCUCUGCCAUGUCUGAUGACCAGAUUAUCGACGCGGUCAAUCGGGCAGGGACUGCCUUUGGCACAUCUAUUCCGGAUGUACCUCUUGAUGACAUGCUUAGCUGGGACUGGCUUGAUUUUUCCAAUACAGAUUUGAAUUUCUAG